AUCAUGCUUGGGCGGGUGGGAUAAACAGUUAUUUUGUUGACACUGUAGGCUGCUUUUUUUUGUUGUUGAUCGGUUGUUGGUGUUUAAUACAAUUGUAGGGAGUAUUGUGUUCGUUCGAUAAUCAAUUCGUUUGUAUCGAUCAGCGAUGGUUCAUCUGGGGUUGUUGAAAUCAUCGGUCGAUCUGUAAACUAUAAACUCUCAGGCAAACAUGUUACAUGUUAUGCCUUUUUAUUGACCGUCAACAGAAGUUUUUCAACCUAGAGCUAUUGUCAUAUCCGUGUUAAUGGGGAAGAGUAGAACAUACGUAAGUAUAGGAUAUGCUACCUUUGGUAUGCUGGUUGGAUUUUCAGCUUUUUUGGUCUGGAACAUAGCAUACAAACAGCCAUGGACAGCAGCAAUGGGCGGAUUGUCAGGAGUGCUGGCGCUCUGGGCUCUUGUCACCCACGUCAUGUACUUGCAGGACUACUGGCGCACAUGGCUGAAGGGACUCAAGUUCUUCAUCUUCGUUGGGGGUCUCUUCUCCAUCCUGGCUGUGGUGGCCUUCACUACCUUCCUCACCCUCGCCAUCACACAGAAGCAAUCUCCGACUGACCCGGGGAGCCUGUACCUGUCAUGUGUUUGGAGCUUCCUGACUCUCAAAUGGGCAUUCCUCUUGGCCCUGUACUCACACAGAUACCGCCAGGAGUUUGCUGACAUCGGCAUCCUCAGUGACUUCUGAUUAUACCCUCCAUGUUACCCGUCAUACACUUGGUAGAAGAUUUUGGGAAAAGGGUUUUGGGAACCAACCGGUAGAAGAAGAGUUGGUGAAAAAUAGUUUUUGACAAAGGAGAGCACUGAGAAGCUGGAGUUGCUGGAUAAGACUUCUUCUGACUUUUAUUCAUUAUAGUUACACACUCCGGACAAGCUUUAAUUUGUCCUCAAACCCGCGCUACUACACAUACAGUAACAGCUCAGCCAUUUUAUUGGAGUGAGUAGCCAUAGUCACUUGGGAAAACUCCUUUUGAGGGGAACUAGGCUACUGCUUAUCUGUAAUGGUAGACAGCAGAGGCUUGUGAUUUCUAAGUAAAGAUUUACUCAAGCCUAUUUUUACAGUGGCUUAAUUAGUUGAUCAUGACUGUAACAUCUUGUCUGUGGAAGGUCUCUGAGGGUUUGGGUUGAAGCUGUCCAAAAGGCCACAAUUUGUAAGUACUGUAUUUUAAGCUCCAGAUUGAAAUGUAUUGAUGCAAUGUCACAUCUAAUGAGUAAGUGUCCAAAUACGCCUAGAAAAAAAUGCUGUGUCACUGUUUAUGUGAUUUCUCUACUGUUUCUCCUUUCGCCACUUGGGGGUGCAGGAUUAUUUGCCCAUUCAUUGCUAUCUCUGUCUGGAUAAUGGAUUGUCAUAUUCUUUUGAUUAUGUGUUAUUCUCUUUUAGGAAACAACACACCAAUACAUGUUUGAUGCACUUUACAUUAUGUUAUUGAUUCAAUUGCACUCUGCUGCCAUCUGGUUUUUAAAGAUCACUUUUAAUAUAGGCUGUGGAUGGAUAUGAUGCAAACUAAUACACUGGUGUAUGGAACUCCUGAUGAUCUGACGGGGCUUCCUUUUCUCUACGUUUCUAUCUCCAUAUGUUGUCUUAUAUUCACGUUGCUUUGUUUUAUCAUAUUAAAGAUCUAAUGUAUUUACCUGUA